UGUAUUUCAAAGGACCUAGGGCAGCAGCAAGGCAGCAGACAUCACGGCUUGACCUCUACAAAGAUGGCCUUAAUACCACGAUCUCUGCGCCUUGCUACCCUGGUGAUGCCCUCAGUGUUGCGUGCUGGUGUUCCUCGAGCCUGCAGAGUGAGCUGCCUGCACACACUCGCCGUCAGGGAGCCCAGCACCUGCGACAGGAGCCUCCUGCAGCAGACAAAGGGAAGCAUUCGUAACUACAGUGUCAAGGAACCUCUGACGCUCGACAUGAUCCAGCAGAGAGUUUUGCUGGUCCUCAAGCUCUACGAUAAAAUUAAUCCUGAAAAGCUAACAGUGGAGUCCCAUUUCACCUUUCAUCCGGACUCUCUCAUUGACUUUUUGACAACGACUGACUUACUCCACAAAUUUUGAUACUUUCAGCCCUUUCUACUUGUAUCUCUUGCUACCCUCUACCCCCGUACUAUCCCCUGCCCC